AUGGAAAGAUUCCAGUCUAUUAAAUCAAAUGCAAGAGAUGGGUAUUACGUAGAAUUACUCAAUAGCCACUAUGAUGAUCAACUUCGUCAGAUGAUACAGAGAAUUAACAAGAGUGUGCGCCUGCUACAAGAAUCAAGUUUGUCAUUACCAACACCGCCAUCAUCAACAUGUUUAACUAGUAUGAACAAGUUACCUAAAACAUCACCAGUUUUAUCAACACCCACUACCAGUGGAAAAUACAACCAUCCGAUCUCACCAGUUUUAUUAACAUCGACCACCAGUGGAAAAUACAACCAGAUUUCACCAAAGCCCAUCGAUUACCAACGAUUAGAUGUCUCUACAGUUACAACCCGCCCGAUCCUGUCCAAGCAUGCUAUAAGAAGAAUGGAGGCAUGGUAUACAGAACAUCUAGAGCAUCCUUACCCAUCAUCAUCAGUUGUAAGUGAAUUAGCCCGAGUUGGAGGUAUAACAAUGGGACAAGUAAAGAAAUGGUUCGCUAAUAAAAGAAACAGAUCAAAGAACACCAAAUCAUUGACGGCUAUCGCAUGCAGAAAAAGACUAGAAAAGCUUGCACAGUUGUUACCAUGAUUAAUUAGAAUAGCAUCCAAUUGAGAAUCCAGACAGUGCA